CUCGUUCCGUGGCUAGCGACCGUUCUGCAGUGAUCACGUCAUAUCCGGGCCAGCUUCUAUAAAGGCUGGAACGGCGGGUGGUGCGCGGGGAGUCUGUCUGACGGGCAGAGAUCUCGGGGCUGGGCUCGUCUUGGCGGACCCUUCACACGGACUUGAAAAUGGAUCCCAGUGGUGUAAAAGUGCUGGAAACAGCAGAGGAUAUCCAAGAGAGGCGCCAGCAAGUUUUGGAUCGAUACCACAGGUUCAAGGAACUGUCUACUCUGAGACGCCAAAAGCUUGAAGAUUCCUAUCGAUUCCAGUUUUUCCAGCGUGAUGCAGAUGAGCUGGAAAAAUGGAUCCAGGAGAAACUCCAGAUUGCAUCUGAUGAGAAUUACAAAGACCCAACCAAUUUACAGGGGAAACUGCAGAAACACCAAGCCUUUGAAGCUGAGGUGCAGGCCAAUUCAGGGGCUAUCAUUAAACUGGAUGAGACUGGAAACCAGAUGAUUAAUGAAGGGCAUUUUGCAUCUGAAACUAUAAGAACUCGACUGCAGGAGCUUCAUCGACUCUGGGAGCUGUUGCUAGAGAAGAUGCGUGAAAAGGGAAUCAAGCUGCUGCAAGCCCAGAAGCUGGUGCAGUACUUGCGAGAAUGCGAAGAUGUCUUGGACUGGAUCAAUGACAAGGAGGCGAUAGUGACCUCAGAAGAACUUGGCCAGGAUCUGGAGCAUGUUGAGGUUUUACAAAAGAAGUUUGAAGAGUUUCAGACAGACCUGGCAGCCCAUGAAGAAAGAGUAAAUGAAGUAAACCAGUUUGCUGGCAAACUUAUCCAGGAGCAGCACCCUGAGGAGGAACUGAUCAAGUCUAAGCAGGAUGAAGUAAAUGCAGGCUGGCAGCGUCUGAAGGGGCUGGCCCUUCAGAGGCAGGGAAAACUCUUUGGGGCAGCUGAAGUUCAGCGCUUUAACAGGGAUGUGGAUGAGACUAUAAGCUGGAUUAAAGAGAAAGAGCAGUUGAUGGCCUCAGAUGAUUUUGGCAGAGACUUAGCCAGUGUGCAGGCUCUGCUGCGCAAGCACGAGGGCCUAGAGAGAGAUCUUGCAGCUCUGGAGGAUAAGGUAAAGGCCUUGUGUGCAGAAGCUGAUCGUCUGCAGCAGUCCCACCCACACAAUGCCUCUCAGAUCCAAGUGAAACGGGAGGAGCUGAUUGCAAACUGGGAGCAGAUCCGCACUCUGGCAGCAGAGAGGCAUGCUCGCCUGAAUGACUCCUAUAGAUUGCAGCGCUUCCUUGCAGACUUUCGUGACCUUACCAGCUGGGUGACUGAAAUGAAGGCUCUAAUUAAUGCUGAUGAACUUGCCAAUGACGUAGCUGGAGCUGAAGCUCUGCUUGAUAGGCAUCAGGAGCAUAAGGGAGAAAUUGAUGCCCAUGAAGAUAGCUUUAAAUCUGCUGAUGAAUCUGGUCAGGCCUUGCUGGCUGCUGGGCACUAUGCCUCUGAUGAAGUUGGAGAAAAGCUGACCAUCCUUUCAAAUGAAAGAACUGCCCUUCUAGAGCUGUGGGAACUUCGCAGACAGCAGUAUGAACAGUGUAUGGACCUGCAGCUUUUCUACAGAGAUACUGAACAAGUUGACAACUGGAUGAGCAAACAAGAGGCAUUCCUGCUAAAUGAAGACCUAGGUGACUCGCUGGAUAGUGUUGAGGCGCUGCUAAAGAAGCAUGAAGACUUUGAGAAAUCCCUCAGUGCCCAGGAGGAGAAAAUCACAGCCCUGGACGAGUUUGCUACUAAACUGAUUCAGAAUAACCACUAUGCCAAGGAGGAUGUUGCUACACGAAGAGAUGCUCUGCUGAGCCGACGUAAUGCUCUGCACGAAAGGGCUAUGUAUCGGCGUGCUCAACUGGCAGAUUCAUUCCACCUGCAGCAGUUUUUCCGAGACUCUGAUGAACUAAAGAGUUGGGUCAAUGAAAAGAUGAAAACUGCAACGGAUGAGGCCUACAAGGACCCAUCAAACCUGCAGGGUAAAGUUCAAAAACAUCAGGCUUUUGAGGCAGAGCUCUCUGCAAAUCAAAGUCGCAUUGAUGCCCUGGAGAAAGCUGGCCAGAAGCUGAUUGAUGUCAAUCACUAUGCAUCUGAUGAAGUAGCAGCUCGCAUGAAUGAGGUCAUCAGCUUGUGGAAAAAACUGCUGGAGGCCACUGAGCUCAAAGGAAUAAAGCUGCGUGAAGCCAACCAACAGCAGCAAUUUAACCGCAAUGUGGAAGACAUUGAGCUAUGGUUGUAUGAGGUGGAGGGACACUUAGCUUCUGAUGAUUAUGGAAAAGAUCUUACUAAUGUUCAGAAUCUUCAGAAGAAACAUGCUCUGUUGGAAGCAGAUGUUGCUGCUCACCAGGAUCGCAUUGAUGGCAUCACCAUCCAGGCUCGCCAGUUCCAGGAUGCUGGACACUUUGAUGCUGAUAAUAUCAAGAAGAAACAAGAAGCUUUGGUGGCUCGCUAUGAAGCUCUGAAGGAUCCUAUGGUAGCUCGCAAGCAGAAACUUGCCGACUCUCUUCGCCUGCAGCAACUGUUCCGUGACAUUGAGGAUGAAGAGACCUGGAUUAGAGAGAAGGAACCUAUUGCAGCUUCAACAAACAGAGGCAAGGAUUUGAUUGGGGUCCAGAACCUGCUAAAGAAGCACCAAGCCUUGCAGGCAGAAAUUGCAGGCCAUGAACCGCGCAUUAAAGCAGUCACCCAGAAAGGAAAUGCCAUGGUGGAAGAGGGACACUUUGCUGCUGAGGACGUGAAAGCCAAAUUGAAUGAGCUAAAUCAGAAGUGGGAAUCGCUGAAAGCCAAGGCCUCUCAGCGUCGACAAGAUCUAGAGGACUCCCUGCAAGCCCAGCAGUACUUUGCUGAUGCUAAUGAGGCUGAAUCCUGGAUGAGGGAAAAGGAGCCCAUUGUGGGCAGUACAGACUAUGGAAAAGAUGAAGACUCUGCUGAGGCUCUUCUGAAGAAACAUGAAGCUUUGAUGUCAGAUCUUACAGCUUACGGCAGUAGCAUGCAGGCAUUAAGGGAGCAGGCCCAGUCAUGCAGGCAACAAGUUGCUCCCACAGAUGAUGAAACUGGGAAAGAGCUGGUCCUUGCUCUUUAUGAUUAUCAAGAGAAGAGUCCCCGGGAGGUGACAAUGAAAAAGGGAGACAUCCUCACACUGCUCAACAGCACCAACAAGGACUGGUGGAAGGUAGAAGUGAAUGACCGUCAGGGUUUUGUACCAGCUGCCUAUGUGAAAAAACUAGACCCUGCUCAGUCUGCAUCCCGAGAGAACCUACUUGAGGAGCAGGGCAGCAUAGCCUUGCGGCAGGAGCAAAUUGACAACCAGACUCUCAUAACUAAGGAAGUCGGCAGUGUAUCUCUACGUAUGAAACAGGUCGAAGAACUAUAUCACUCCCUUCUUGAGCUGGGCGAGAAGCGCAAGGAUAUGCUGGAAAAAAGUUGCAAAAAGUUCAUGCUUUUCCGUGAGGCUAAUGAGCUGCAGCAGUGGAUCAAUGAGAAAGAGUCUGCACUCACCAAUGAAGAGGUGGGGGCUGAUUUGGAGCAGGUUGAGGUACUGCAGAAGAAAUUUGAUGACUUUCAGAAGGAUUUGAAAGCCAAUGAAUCUCGUCUAAAGGACAUAAACAAGGUUGCGAAUGACCUGGAAUCUGAAGGGCUGAUGGCAGAGGAAGUACAGGCAGUACAGCAACAGGAAGUCUAUGGCAUGCCCAGGGAUGAAACUGAUUCCAAAACCGCGUCUCCUUGGAAGUCUGCACGUAUGAUGGUGCAUACAGUGGCCACCUUUAAUUCCAUCAAGGAACUAAAUGAGCGCUGGAGAUCUCUGCAGCAGAUGGCAGAGGAGCGAAGCCAGCUGCUGGGCAGUGCCCAUGAAGUCCAGAGAUUUCACAGAGAUGCUGAUGAAACAAAGGAAUGGAUUGAAGAAAAGAAUCAGGCAUUAAAUACAGACAACUAUGGACAUGAUCUGGCCAGUGUGCAGGCUCUGCAGCGAAAGCAUGAAGGCUUUGAGAGAGAUUUGGCAGCUCUUGGAGACAAGGUGAACUCUUUAGGUGAGACUGCUGAGCGCCUGAUUCAGUCACACCCAGAAUCUGCUGAAGACCUCCAAGAAAAAUGUACUGAACUGAACCAGGCCUGGAAUAGCCUGGGGAAACGCGCCGACCAGCGUAAAGAGAAGCUUGGGGAUUCUCAUGACCUGCAGCGUUUCCUCAGUGACUUCAGGGACCUCAUGUCUUGGAUCAAUGGAAUCCGGGGACUGGUGUCCUCAGAUGAACUGGCAAAGGAUGUGACUGGAGCUGAGGCUUUAUUGGAGAGACACCAGGAACAUCGCACUGAAAUAGAUGCCAGGGCUGGCACUUUCCAGGCAUUUGAGCAGUUUGGGCAACAACUUUUGGCUCAUGGACACUAUGCCAGCCCAGAGAUCAAGGAGAAACUGGAUAUUCUAGAUCAAGAACGGGCAGACUUGGAGAAAGCCUGGGUCCAGCGUAGAAUGAUGCUGGACCAGUGUCUAGAACUACAGCUGUUUCAUCGGGACUGUGAACAAGCAGAAAACUGGAUGGCUGCCCGGGAGGCUUUUCUGAACACAGAAGAUAAAGGAGACUCCUUAGACAGUGUGGAGGCUCUCAUCAAGAAACACGAAGACUUUGAUAAAGCAAUCAAUGUCCAGGAAGAAAAGAUUGCUGCCCUGCAAUCGUUUGCUGACCAGCUGAUUUCUGCUGACCACUAUGCUAAAGGGGUCAUUUCUAACAGACGCAAUGAAGUUCUGGACAGGUGGCGUCGUUUGAAAGCUCAGAUGAUUGAGAAGAGGUCUAAACUGGGAGAAUCUCAGACCCUCCAGCAAUUCAGCCGUGAUGUUGAUGAAAUAGAGGCUUGGAUCAGUGAAAAACUCCAAACUGCAAGUGAUGAAUCCUAUAAGGAUCCCACAAACAUCCAGCUUUCCAAACUGCUGAGCAAACACCAGAAACACCAGGCCUUUGAAGCUGAACUUCAUGCCAAUGCAGACCGGAUCCGUGGAGUCAUUGACAUGGGGAAUUCUCUCAUUGAUCGGGGAGCAUGUGCCGGCAGUGAGGAUGCAGUGAAGGCACGUUUAGCUGCUCUGGAUGACCAGUGGCAGUUCCUGGUGCAGAAAUCAGCAGAGAAGAGUCAGAAGCUGAAGGAAGCCAACAAACAGCAGAAUUUCAAUACUGGAAUCAAGGAUUUUGACUUUUGGCUGUCAGAGGUGGAGGCUCUGCUUGCAUCUGAAGACUAUGGAAAAGACCUGGCAUCUGUAAAUAACCUGCUGAAGAAACACCAACUCCUGGAAGCCGACAUAUCUGCCCAUGAGGAUCGCCUGAAGGACCUGAAUGGCCAGGCUGACAGCUUGAUGACCAGCAGCGCUUUUGACACCUCCCAGGUAAAGGACAAGCGAGACACUAUUAAUGGGCGCUUCCAGCGGAUCAAGAGCAUGGCAGCUGCCCGCCGUGCAAAUCUGAAUGAGUCCCACCGCUUGCAUCAGUUCUUCCGGGAUAUGGACGAUGAGGAGUCCUGGAUCAAGGAGAAGAAGCUGCUGGUUAGCUCAGAGGACUAUGGCAGAGACCUAACUGGAGUGCAGAACCUAAGAAAGAAACACAAACGUCUGGAAGCAGAAUUGGCUGCUCACGAACCUGCCAUCCAGGGUGUGUUAGACACUGGUAAAAAACUGUCAGAUGAUAACACGAUUGGAAAGGAGGAGAUACAGCAGAGGCUAGCUCAGUUUGUAGACCACUGGAAGGAGUUAAAGCAGUUGGCAGCAGCUCGUGGCCAACGUCUAGAGGAGUCUCUGGAGUAUCAGCAGUUUGUAGCAAAUGUGGAAGAGGAGGAAGCCUGGAUCAAUGAGAAAAUGACCCUGGUAGCCAGUGAGGACUAUGGAGACACUCUUGCUGCUAUCCAAGGCUUGCUGAAAAAGCAUGAAGCAUUUGAAACUGACUUCACUGUCCACAAGGACAGAGUGAAUGAUGUUUGUGCUAAUGGAGAGGACCUCAUUAAGAAGAACAAUCAUCAUGAGGAGAACAUAACUGCAAAGAUAAAAGGCCUGAGGGGCAAGGUGUCAGAUCUGGAGAAGGCGGCAGCUCAAAGGAAGGCCAAACUAGAUGAGAAUUCUGCCUUCCUUCAGUUCAACUGGAAAGCCGACGUUGUGGAGUCUUGGAUAGGUGAGAAGGAAAACAGUCUGAAGACUGAUGACUAUGGACGGGAUCUCUCCUCUGUGCAAACACUCCUCACCAAACAGGAAACUUUUGAUGCUGGUCUCCAGGCUUUCCAGCAGGAAGGAAUCGCAAACAUCACUGCACUGAAAGAUCAGUUGCUGGCAGCCAAACACAUCCAGUCAAAGGCCAUCGAGGUCCGGCAUGCUUCUUUGAUGAAACGCUGGAACCAGCUGCUGGCUAAUUCUGCUGCUAGGAAGAAGAAACUGCUGGAGGCUCAGGAGCACUUCAGAAAGGUUGAGGAUCUGUUCCUGACUUUUGCAAAGAAGGCAUCUGCCUUUAACAGUUGGUUUGAGAAUGCAGAGGAGGACUUGACUGACCCUGUGCGGUGUAACUCGCUGGAGGAGAUCAAGGCACUGCGAGAGGCUCAUGAUGCUUUCCGCUCCUCACUAAGUUCCGCCCAGGCUGACUUCAACCAGCUAGCUGAGCUCGAUCGCCAGAUCAAAAGCUUCCGUGUAGCCUCCAACCCAUACACUUGGUUCACUAUGGAGGCUCUUGAAGAGACCUGGAGGAACCUGCAGAAGAUCAUCAAGGAACGUGAGUUAGAACUGCAGAAGGAGCAGCGAAGACAGGAGGAAAAUGACAAAUUGCGCCAGGAGUUUGCUCAGCAUGCUAAUGCUUUCCACCAGUGGAUUCAGGAGACCAGGACGUAUCUGCUAGAUGGCAUAGCAUAUCGUCGUGUCAUUCGUGUCUAUCAGUAUGAAGUUGGGGAUGAUCUGUCUGGAAGGUCCUGUAUGGUGGAGGAAUCAGGAACCCUGGAAUCACAGCUGGAAGCUACUAAACAUAAGCACCAGGAGAUUCGGGCAAUGAGGAGUCAACUAAAGAAGAUUGAGGACCUUGGAGCAGCUAUGGAAGAAGCACUUAUUUUGGACAACAAAUAUACAGAGCAUAGCACCGUAGGCCUGGCACAGCAGUGGGACCAGCUUGACCAACUAGGGAUGAGGAUGCAGCACAACCUGGAACAGCAAAUACAAGCUAGAAACACAACUGGAGUAACUGAGGAGGCUCUGAAGGAGUUCAGCAUGAUGUUCAAACACUUCGACAAAGAUAAAUCUGGUCGUCUGAAUCACCAGGAGUUUAAGUCCUGCUUACGUUCUCUAGGCUACGACCUGCCUAUGGUUGAGGAAGGAGAACCAGAUCCAGAGUUUGAAGCUAUUCUUGACACCGUAGAUCCCAACAGGGAUGGACAUGUCUCACUGCAGGAAUACAUGGCAUUUAUGAUCAGCAGGGAAACUGAAAAUGUGAAAUCCAGUGAGGAAAUAGAAAGUGCUUUCCGUGCCCUUAGUUCAGAGGGCAAGCCUUAUGUGACCAAGGAGGAGCUCUACCAAAACCUGACCAGGGAACAGGCAGAUUACUGCAUCUCUCACAUGAAGCCCUACAUGGACAGCAAGGGCAGAGAACUUCCUUCUGCUUAUGAUUACAUAGAAUUUACACGUUCACUGUUUGUGAAUUGAUAUAAAAGCACUAACCUUUACAAAAUACAAAGAAUAUACUCGUGUUUGCCAACUGUAGCCCUGCAUGCAUCUCCAUCUUUGUGUUGUACAAUAAUCAAUGCUACUUUCUGAUGUAACCUUAAACUGCUUAGCUUAAAACUCUUAGAAAAACAACAAAUAUUGCAGUGUGCUUCAAUAAAAGUUACUGGUCCAAACUGCAGCAAAAAUUUCAACUUGUGUUUAAUCAUCUUGAU